AUGGGAGCUACAUAUAGAAGUGAUCACAAUGAUUUCGAUAUUGGAUGGGUUAAUAGAGUAAAAGUAGAGACUCCACCUUGGCUUGAUAGUUAUUUGCCAUCAGAUAUCUCGCCUUCUGAUUCUGGACUGAGUUUUAUAAAAACAACUGGAUUCAUGAGGUCUGGAUAUUCUGGAGGUCCAUUAGUUAAUUUAGAUGGAAAAGUUGUUGGAUUAACGACAAAAGUGUUUGUUGAGACUCAUAAGACUGGCCCUGAAGUAGAAGGAGCUUCUAUACCUAUUAAUUUUGUUAAAACAAUUAUAGACCAGCUUGAAACAAAAGGAAAAGUUGAGCGGCCAUUUAUUGGCCUUUCAUUUGUACCAACUUCAAUGGGGCUAGUUGUUACCCACGUUCAAAAUGAUACACCUGCACAAAAGGCUGGAAUAGGUUGCCUCUGAAAUACCUAGGACAGUAUUUUCUGAUACAACUCAAAAAAAGAGAAAAAAAUUGCAUAUAUUGAUUGGAGCGCUUUAUAAAGCAUGUUUUCAUUUUGUUUUAGUAAAUCGAAGAUUCAAUCUUUAACUCUAAUUUUAUUUGCUGGCCUGCCGAUUCUGUAUUACACAACUGUUGAGCUUUUGUAGUGCGGCUUUUCGUGCCGAUUUUGCGGGAAAUUUAUAAGCUAUUUUUUCUCCGCCAAAACGACUGAAAUUUUUAAAUUGGUUUUUACCCGAUAAAAAAAUAGCGUAAACAAAUGGCCAGAAAUCUAACAAAAUGUUUCCAUAUAAGUUUCAGAGCAGCCCGGCUGGAAUCCAGCCAGGAGAUAUUCUGAUUUAUGCAGAAAAUACUCCUCUUCAAAAUGCAGAAGACUUAUAUAGAGUAAUUGGAUUUCAGCUAGGAUCAACUAUUCAAGUAAAAGCGCAGAGAGGAGGAGAAGCUCAUGUAGUAGAAUUUAAAAUACAAACUUAA